GGCCGUAGCAGCGAGUCCUUUUGGUAGGUCUUUGGCGGGCGGAGGAGCAGCAGCAGAGGCAGCGGCUUCAUCGCCUGCUUUUGCUGCUGCUGCUGCGGUCGCUGCUGCGGAGGCUGAUGGCGAGGCGCUACAGCUGUUUGUGGCCAGCGAGCCUUUGGCUGGCAUCUCCUCUGCAAUUUGUUGUUUAAUCAAUUUCUUUUUCGAAAACGUGGAAGAAAACUGCGCAGAUGCUCCUGCUGCUUGUGGAGACUUCAGCCCGACUGCAGACGACGUGCCUACAGACGCAGCAGCACCAGCAGCAGGAGAUGCAGCAGCAGCAGCAGAUGCGGUUACACUGGCCAAGGAGGCAGCAGCACUCUUUUCUAUCGAGAGGCUUGCUGUUGUUCCUCCCCGUUUCUCAGAAGCUUUGCUGGAUUCUUAUUACCUGUGCGUGGUGCAGAACCCCUUAAGGCUGCUGCUGCAGCUGCCUGCAUCGAUACUCCAGCAUCUUCUGGCCGCCAAUUUGCUGCAUGCAAUCCUCAAUUUGCUGCUGCUGAAACUCGAGGUCUACACGCGCAUGGGGGCCCCCACACUCGCAGGCCAAACACCUCCGCCUAUUGCAGCAGAAGAAAUCAUCCAGCUGCAGGUAUGGCUUUUGGCUUCUCUGUUGGUUGUGUUGCGGCGUGUGGGGCUGCAGGAGACAGCAGCGCUGCAGGUUCUUAUAGAAGCCUGCCUUGCGGCUGGCACUGACGAGCGCCUGUGGGAAAUGGUGGGGUUCUUUUUGGAUUCGCAGUGCUUCAAGCGGCCCCAAGGGGUCGAGGGUUUGUUUGUGUGCGGCUUCGCCCUGGAGGCAGUCGACAAAGUCUGCUGCUCCUGCAGUAGCGCACAGCGCAUGCUGCCGCUGCUCUCCCGGUUGCUGCAGCAGAAAGCUGCUCUUCUCUGGAGAAACGCCGCGACAGAAGGAGCUGCUGCAGCAACAACAGCAGCUGUACCAGCAGCAGCUGCUGCUCAUUCAGACUGCGAAGACCUUCCAGAUCCUGCGGAGGGGGUUCAUGUGCUAGGGCAGCAGUCGGCGACGGUGCAUCCUGCCUUGCAGCCGUUGAGCCGCGUGGAUCUUUGCCUAUUUUAUUUGAAGUGUAUUGUUUGUGUCGCAUGCGACUUGCGACACAACAAGCCUUAUCCAGGAGAAAGCAGAGAGACAGACCCCACCUUUGCGGCCGAAACUGCGAACGCUGUCUUUCUUGAAGCCAUCAAGCACUACGAACUUUGUGACUCGGCCAGUUUGUGCGAAUUCGUUGCUGCUGCGGUGCCGGUUAUAUUCCCUCUGUUUUACACAUUUCCCAAAUUAGCGGCGCUGGUUAAUACAUUUUUAGCCCAUAAAAAGCUACUGCGACACGACGGCAGCAUGAAGGCCUCUCCCGCCGCAAGCGCCAACCCAGCAACAGGAGCAGCAACGGAAGCAGCAGCAACAGCAACAGCAGCCCUAGGGCCUUCAAGACCAAAUGGACAAUCUCUCUCCAAACUGCGGGCAGAUGCUGUCCUGGAGUAA